UGUUUGAGUAUUGCCUCGCGGACGGAUAGAGACUAAAUACUUUUCCAAUUUCUAGGUGCGGAUUUCUCUUCCCUAUUGUGUUUGAACGAAGCGCGAUAAAAUGUAAUUCGAAUGACACACUGAUAAUAAUUAAGUUUGUGGCACAUUCGUUACUCAUAAACGGUGCAACUGCGGUCCAGGUUUAUUUAAAUUAAAUUUAAAUCCCUCUAAUCCAUUAAAACAAUAAACUGACUAAGAUGAAAACGGUGGUUUGGUGCUGUAUGUUGUUUGUAGUGAGUGUCAGUAGUGCGCGAUUGCGUAAGUUGGAACGAAUAGUGAUCUCCAAUCAGGAAUGCCUAAAUGAUAGCGGUUGCAAAGAGAACAGUUUCUGUUAUGGUAGGGAUAACAACAAAAUUGGAGUUUGUAAAUGCAUACAAGACUACUUUCUAAUCAACCCUUCCAAUUACAUGUGCGUGCGAGAUGCCAAAUUAGGUGAGAAAUGUGUGAAGGAUGAGCAAUGCGAAUUGAAUUUAGGUUUGGAUUCGCAAUGCAAUGAGGAUUUUAUCUGCGAAUGCCUCAGCAGCGCUCAUUACGUCGAAGAACAGGAGGCUUGUUAUAACACCUCGCGUUUGGAUGGUAUUUGCGUAGAUCACUACAACUGUUUAUCGAAAGACAAUGAACAGGUCUAUUGCUCGUACGGAAAAUGCACCUGCGGACUGAACGAACACAUAGUAGACGGCAGAUGCGUAAAGUCUGCACGUUUGGGAGCGAAUUGUUUGGAGGACGACUCUUGCAUCCAUCUGAACGCAGUCUGUAGAGGCGUAUGCAAAUGCAAAAUCGAUUAUGUGAUUGCCGACAAUCAGGAAAUAUGCCUCAAAGCCGCUGUCGAGUUAGGAGUUCCCGAUUCUUGUAAGCAGCUUAGCCAGUGCACGCAUAUAUUAGAAAACAGUUUUUGCUACGAAAACAAGUGCGUAUGCGAGGCGAGUUUUCACGUGUUCGGGAAUCGCUGUUUCAAGAGCAGAUAUCUUGGCGAACCGUGCAAUAAUUAUCGCGAGUGCAUUGUUGAACCAAAGUUGGAGGACGUUGUUGAGUGCACAAACGGGGUGUGUUCUUGCAAAUCGGGCACCGAUCCUAACAAAGGUUGCGCCAAAUUGAACAGCGCUCAAUACAACACGCUCCAUUUCUUCGGACUGAUAAUCAUCAUUGCGGUAUUUUUAAUUAACUAAAAUAUAGCAAUUAGUCGAACAUUUGUGUGCCUUACAUUGAUUCCUAACUUAUUAAAUAGAUUUAUUAAUAAAUUGAUAGGUCCAUGCAAUUCUUGUUAUUAACCUCAUACAU